AGCAGAAGUCCACUUUCUGGGGGUUUCACCUUAAACUUGAAAAUCUUCGCUUGGAAUACACUCUAUCUUUGAGAAUCGUAAGUUUCACUAAUCUUCAUAAAUUUCUACCUGAUUUUGAUCACUAACAUCUCACCCAAUUCCGUCGCAAUCUUCUUCUCUGAUUCCCGAAUUACUACUUCCACUUACUUCUCGCUUCUGAACCCCAAAUCCCCCUUCUAGAUCUCUCACCUUCGUCUCCGGCCUCGAUUCAGCAGAAACCCACAUCCCCAUGAUCAAUUCCGAGGAACCCAGUUCCUUAAUUUUACUCACCGAUCACUAGUUUCGCAGCGGAAACAGUUCGGCAUUGUGGUAAUGAUGGUGGAGACGUCAAUUCUGGGUGGGCGGUUCCAUAGCCAGAGAAUUGACUUCAAGCGAUGCAUUCCGGCUUUCUUCUCCACCUACAGGACGCUCUUUACAGUGUUCUGGAUCGCGGCGGUUGCCACGAUUUUUCUCUGGCAGGGUACUAUAGGUAAUGGGUUCUUGUCGCUCCGGCGAGCCUCCGCCAGACCGUUGCCGCGGCUGAGGCCUGUUGCGUUCAAUUUGACGGAUUUUGGAGCAGUGGGCGACGGGGUGACAUUGAAUACCGAGGCCUUUGAGAGGGCUAUUUUGGCUAUUUCGAAGUUGAGGACCAGAGGUGGUGGACAGCUGAAUGUGCCUCCCGGGCGUUGGCUUACGGCUCCGUUUAAUCUCACUAGCCAUAUGACUUUGUUUUUAGAUGAAGAUGCUGUUGUAUUAGGGGUUCAGGAUGAAAAAUAUUGGCCACUGAUGCCUCCUUUGCCUUCCUAUGGGUAUGGAAGAGAGCACAUUGGACCUCGGUACGGGAGUUUGAUUCACGGUCAAAAUCUCAGAGAUGUUGUGAUAACAGGACAUAAUGGUACUAUAAACGGACAGGGUCAAACCUGGUGGAAGAAAUAUCGCCAGAAGCUUCUUAACCACACAAGGGGUCCACUCGUUCAGAUCAUGUGGUCAAGUGAUAUUGUGAUUAGCAAUAUUACUUUGCGUGACUCUCCUUUUUGGACACUUCAUCCAUAUGACUGUAAGAAUGUUACUAUCCGGAAAGUUACGAUCUUGGCUCCUGUACACGAUGCACCAAAUACAGAUGGAAUAGAUCCCGAUUCAUGUGAAGAUAUGCUGAUUGAGGAUUGUUACAUAAGCGUUGGAGACGAUGGCAUCGCAAUUAAAAGCGGUUGGGAUCAGUAUGGCAUUGCUUAUGGGCAACCCUCAAGAAACAUACGAAUCCGAAAUGUUGUUCUUCAAUCUAUGGUCAGCGCUGGUAUAUCAAUUGGUAGUGAGAUGUCGGGUGGCGUAUCGGGCGUCACUGUGGAGAAUGUCGUGGUGUGGAACUCCAGGCGUGGAGUUCGGAUCAAGACUGCUCCAGGAAGAGGGGGAUACGUGCGAGACAUCACUUAUCGAAAUCUGACCCUCGACGUUGUUCGUGUUGGGAUUGUCAUAAAGACAGACUACAAUGAACACCCAGACGAGGGAUUCGAUCCAAAGGCAGUUCCAGUACUGAAGGACAUAAGCUUCACAAGCAUCCACGGGCAGGGAGUUCGAGUCCCCGUUCGGAUGCAUGGUAGCGAAGAGAUUCCAGUGAGAAACGUGACAUUCAGGGACAUGUCAGUGGGUAUAACAUACAAGAAGAAGCAUAUAUUCCAAUGUGCAUUCGUUCAUGGGCGUGUCAUAGGAACGAUCUUCCCAGCUCCUUGUGACAACCUCGACCGAUACGACGAGCAAGAACGGCUAAUUAAACGCUCUGCCUCCCAGAAUGCAACAGAUAUCGAUUACGACUUUUGAGUAGCCUAGCUCAUUUGACAAAAAAAAAAAAUGCACUGAAUACUGCUUCUUCUUUACUUGUUCCACCAGUUGAUUACUCUAUAAUGUCUAUUUUAUGGGUUCACAUUUUUGUUUGCUGGAGUUGUACAUAUGGAAAACUUUUACUAGAGAAAGCAAACGAGAGAGAGCUUUGAAUUUCUGAGUUA